CCCUGAUAUAAAAGCACAGGACAGGAUGCCAUGCCAUUUCACAUUGCUGUUACUGCACAUUCUGACAUUUGAGCUUCUGAAACGAGGGAGGGAAGGCACACAUAAUAACUGAGAUGGAGGUGAAAUGGAAAUUAUUUGCCGUCAAUGUGCUGCUGCUCACGCUGUACCACAGCCACGCUGCAGCUUUCAGCAUGAAGAAACAGCUGGCUGAUUGUCUGGAAGACAAAGACUAUGAUGUGCUGCUGCAGACAGUGGAGACCGGCCUCCCACACAUAAAAACAAAUCAUCGUGUUGUUAUUGUCGGAGCCGGGAUGGCCGGACUGACGGCCGCCAAGCUUCUGCGAGAAGCAGGACAUGAGGUAACCAUCGUAGAGGCUAGUACUCGUGUUGGAGGACGCGUGGAGACCUACAGGAAUAAAGAAGAGGGCUGGUAUGCUGAACUGGGGGCCAUGAGGAUCCCAAGCUUUCACAAAAUUGUCCAUUGGUUUGCUAAAAAGCUUGGGGUCAAGUUGAAUGAAUUCAUCAUGGAUUGCUCCCAGACCUUCUACCUAGUUAAUAGGCAGCGGGCACGGACAUACACGGUGAAAACAGACCCUGGCAUCCUCAAGUACAAGGUAAACCAAAGCGAGAAAGGGAAGUCGGCCGACCAGCUGCUACAGCAAGCUUUGAAGAAGGUGAAAGAUGAAGUGGAAGCUAAAGGCUGCAAGGCUCUGUUUGAAAAAUAUGACCGUUACUCUGUAAAGGAGUAUCUGAAAGAAGAAGGAGGUUUGAGCUCAGAAGCGGUGAGAAUGAUUGGAGACCUGCUUAAUGAACAGAGCCUUAUGUACACAGCGUUGACUGAGAUGCUCUAUGACCAGGCUGACAUCAGUGACAACAACAAGUACUAUGAAGUGACUGGUGGGUCAGACCUUCUCCCCAAAGCUUUUCUCACCGUCCUCGAUGUUCCCGUUCACCUCAACUCCAAGGUCAAGAAUAUCAGCCAAUCAGCUAAUGGUGUUACUGUAUGGUAUCAGAGAGAUAAGCAGUCCUCAUUGAUGGACAUUCACGCUGACGUUGUCCUGGUAACAACAACAGCCAAAGCAGCCCUUUUCAUGGACUUUAAUCCACCUCUCUCCAUCAGUAAGAUGGAGGCUCUUAGGUCGGUCCACUAUGACAGCUCCACUAAAAUCAUCCUCACCUUCAACGAAACGUUCUGGGAGGACGAUGGUAUCCGAGGAGGAAAGAGCAUCACGGACAGACCCUCUCGUUACAUCUACUACCCCAGCCACAGUUUCCCAGAGAACAAGAAUAUCGGCGUCCUCCUGGUCACCUCCUGGACCUGGUCCGACGACUCCCUCCUCUUCCAAGGAGCGAGCGAUGAAGACCUGAAAGAGCUGGCUCUGAGAGAUUUGGUGAAGAUCCACGGCGAGCGUGUCAGGUCUCUCUGCACAGGGGUGGUGGUGAAGAGGUGGAGCUUGGAUCCUUACAGCCUGGGCGCCUUCGCUCUGUUCACACCGUACCAACAUUUAGAGUACUCUAAGGAGCUCUUUAGACGGGAAGGCAGGGUGCACUUUGCAGGCGAACACACAGCCUUCCCUCACGCUUGGAUCGAGACAUCUAUGAAAUCUGCAAUCAGGGCUGCUACAAACAUCAACAAAGAAGCGCUAUUGAGUUCAGUGCAAGACGAGCUCUAGAGUCUGGAAUACCACUUUCAUUGAAUAUCAAUGUGUAACCUAUUUGAGUGUUUUGCAAUGAUUUAACAAAGAAAGAUAAUGUAUCCCGACUCUAUUUGGAGAUAUAUACAUUUACGAUAUACAUUUUUGUCCCACCCAUCCAUUGUCUAUACCUAGCUCAUAUUUUCAGGUCGCCAAGUCGCCAAAGUGACAAUUUUUUUCUUCUUGCCUUGAUUAUAUUCCUACCCCAGCACCUCUGUAUGAUGCAUAAUAAAUCAAUGUGAUAACUCUGCUAA